GUUACCGUACUGUAGCACAACAGGAAGCUGUUUGAGGGUUUUGGCGGCAGCGGUCCGUUGGCCUCACGGAGUCCUGACCAUGGUCCUGACCAGGUCCUGACCUGACACCUUCGUCUUACAACGCCGAGGGGACGUGAGCUCGCAGUUCGAUGGACCCCGAGCAGCUGUUUCUGGAUCGGUUCAAGCCCAGCAGUGAAGCGGAGGCGUGCUGGUUAAAACACAUCCUCAGCUUCGUCACACAGCAACUGUGUCCGCUGCUCACUGACCCCGCCCCCCCUGCUGCCCACGACAUAUUGACAGGAGCAGUGCGGCCUGAUUUGUGCGUGUCCCUGAGUGUGUGUGUGGUGAAGACGCUGCUGGAGAACACGAGUGUCACACACACAUUACCUGUCAGUUACAGAUUGGUGUCUGUCUCCGAGCUGGUUUCCAAGCAGCACCUGGCCUGUGUGGGUAACCUGUCCUGGAGCACCACUCAGCAGCGAGCGUGGACGAAGGAGGCGGAGCUCUCCCUGCCAGGUAACAAGGCUCUGCCGCGGGUCAACUUGUUGCUGAUUGGCUGUCUGAGAGAGGGGCGGGGCGGCGAGUUGAGGCUGAUGGACGGCAGCGGGAGCCUCAGGUGUGAGUGCCUGUCUCCCUCUCCUCGCUGGCUGAAUCAUCCCAUCUUCCUCCCUCACUGGAACUACAUCCCCCACAAUGCCCUGGGGCAGGAUGAGUCCGGAGGCUGUGUGGAGGUUGUCAGUUCUCCUGUGCUGCUGUGUCCGGGCCCUGAGCCGGGAUUGGCUGCUGGUGCUGGAGCAGGGGCGGGGCCUAGCAGAGCGGUGGGAGUCAGAGAGGCUGGAGCUUUGCUGCACAACAGGGUUCGAGGACAGCGAGUGUCUGUCUGUGGACAGGUGGGCUCAGUGUGCCCUCUUCUGGUCGUAGCAGGAACAACCUUUUUCUUCUUCACACUGACAGAGGAGCGACAGUCUGUGCCUGUCCUUGUGAAGGACAGCAGCAGGUUGUCGUGGUCUCAGUGUGUGUGUGUUGGUCAGAGUGUGUGUGUGACGGCGCUGCGCGUGUGUGUCCUACGAGGCUGGAGAGGAAACAACAUCCUGAGUGUGACCGACCAGUCUGAAAUACACACAAACUACACACCGACACGCACGCCUUUGAAAGACACACACACUGAGUCAGACACACAGCCAUCCACGGUGUUGCAUGCUGACGUUGACAGCUUUGAGGAGGCGGAGCCUGCGAGAGAUAUCAUGCAAUCGAGUGUGAGGUUAAAAAAGGCCAGAGUCAUCAGUUACCAGGGCAUGGUGACUGAAGUAGUGAGUGAGGGGGCGGGACUCUAUGUGGUUGACAGGAAGGUUGGUCUGUGUCUGGCCUAUCAGCCAUCUCUGAGGAGGACCCUGAGAGCAGGCGACUGUGUGGAGCUCCACAACGUCCACUUCCUGUACCAGCCCUGUCCCGACUUCCUUCCCAUCAUGCUCUGUGCCUGCCUGCGCUCCAGCCUCAGGGUCACCGGCUUCAGCAGGGUUGGCGCUCCUCAACGUGACUCCACCUGUCCGGGUGAUGGGGCGCUGCCGCGGUUACUGCUGGAGAAAAACAUGGGCGUGUCCGAGUACCUGUGGACGUGUCACCUGAGCUCACGGCUCUCGCGCAGUCUGUCUCCCAGUGUGUUGCAGCAGCAGCAUUGUGUGUGUGUCUUGUCCUGGAGGCUGAUGGAGUUUGUAUGGAGAGGAAGAGGAGGAAGAGGAAGGAGAGACAUCUACUCAGAGAUGUUGGAGGAGCCUCACACAUGUCCUCUGACUCAGUACAGUGUGGACCCUGCAGUGUCGCAGUACAUCAGCGUUUCAGAGCUUUGCCGGUCUCUACUGUCAGAUUGCUGGUCGUCGGUGUCUCUCAGUUCUCUGUUGCCUCCUGAUGGAUCCAGUCUGACCAGAUCUGAGAUCAAUGCAGCCCUGGCCUGGUCUUUCAGGACUUCUCUGAGUUCUGACCCCCAGAACAGCCCCCAUUUGGGAGAGACACUAGGACGGCGCCCCCUGCUGCUGGUGGGGCUGUUGGAGCUUCCAGCACAGACGUCCGAGAACAAACACACCAUGCAGCUCAGAGACGGGACAGCAGCAGUGACCUGUGUUGUCACGGAAACCAGUGGCGAAGAGGAGGGAGGCCAGAGGGCGGCCUUCAACACUGCCUGGAUAGGUUGUCUGGUGUGUGUCCAUCAGUUCACCAUGGUGACGGAGAGAUUCCUCCAAUCAGAUUUCCCCUCCUACCAACACCUGGACCAGGAUCAGUUCAUCACUCACAAACACUGCAUAGUUUAUCUGCAGUUUUCUCUUGACCACCUCCACAUCCUGAGUCCAUCUGUCGCCAUGGUAACACACCUGAGACAGAGGGGGGUUGAGUCAGAAGGUGAUGUCACAGAGGGAGAGCAGCCAGAAGAAGAAGGGAGGAAGAGGAGAAAGAGUGAAGAGGGCCCAGCUUCCGCUGUUGCCGUGACAACGGGCCCCGUUAGCGGCGCCUCCCGGCCCUGUGCUUUCAUGGUGUUCAGGGUGGAGCAGAAGGAGGGCGUGGCCUGGAGGAACGUGGGAGCGGAGUUGGAUGUGGAGGGGGAGGAGUUGAUGUUGUACUUUACUGUUCGGGCUGCUGUGAUUGGCCCAGUGGUCUGCGGCGGGCAGGACCCAAAGAACGGCCCAAUGACAGAUAGAGAGAUGGGGAGGGAGGAGAAGAAGGUGGUGCUGAUGUUGUCAGGUGUGUCUUCUAGAUGGUUCCCUCUCCUCCAGCCGGGAUGUUUCUACAGACUCGUCGCUACUAACACUCAGGAUCCCAGUGUUUUGACUGGCUAUGAUGUUUCUGGGCGGAGCGGGGUGGAACUGCACACUGACUCCACCCUGCAGGUCCGAUCGGAUUGGAGGUUCCACACUCUUACACGCCCACUGUUACUGCCCACCUGCAGACAGGCUCUCUCGCCCACAGUCCUGUCUGUCUCUGAGGUCCUGGACUGCAGCUCAGAGCUGGUGUGUUUUCAGGGUCUAGUGUGUGACAGGAUCAGUUUGAACAACAGGACGUCCGACUCUGGACACACAAACAUAGGUGUGCGUCUCACCAUGUGUGACCGAAAUGGGAGGAGUCUUCAGGUGUACCUGGACUUAAGACACACACCAUACCCACCAGGCUUGUUGCCGGGCAACACACUGCUGCUGUCUGCUUUCCAGAGGAGGCUGUCCAGGUCAGGAAAUGUGUACUGCAGUUAUUUACCUGUCAGCUCGAUAACUGUCGUCUCACUGGGAGAUACCAGAUCGGCUCCGCCUCCUCCUCCUCCCAUGAUGCAUCUGGGUCUUUGGGCUCUGGGCAGGGAGCAGAUGUCGAAUGUGGGUCAGGUCAAAGGUCACGUGGUGUGUUUCCUGUUUUUGCAGCUGCAAUGGAGCUGCUCACUGUGUGGGAGUGUGUACACACAGUCUUGUUCCAGUUCUCAGUGUCGUUCGACCUCCUCAGUCUUUCAGUCCAAAGCAAAAUUGGUGAUUGACGACGGAACAGGUGAGGCUCACGUCUGGUUCUCAGGUGCUCUGGUUCGUCCUCUGCUGGGAUUGGCUGAUUCUCAGUGGGAGGGGCUUCAGAGGGCCCUCAGGGUCAAAGGUCAUAUCAGAGUCUACCCCCGGGGCCGGAGCCUGGUGUCUGAUGCUGACGACUCUCUCCUCCACUUCCUGUUGUGUGUGUGCAGCAGUGAUGUUGUGUGUCGCCCGCUCUCUCUCACCUGCAGGACACACAACAACCAGAGACCAGAAGAGAUGAGGAGGUUCAGUCGAGGAGACAGAGACUUCGUGACGAGGGUGACUCCACCUCUCCAACUCACCUGUCUGACUGUCACACCUGACGUCACGUGACCUGUACCCGGCUCAGCUUGCUGAUCCGAGCCCAUGCUUCACAGGAAGUGGUUUGUGGUGCCACUCUGGACCGGAGAAGCGGCAGCGUCUUAAACCUGGCUGGACUUGUCUUUACACGUUGUUAUAUCCACGUCACCACCAGGUGGAGCCGUCAUUCAGCAUUCACACUGAUUCAUUUUGUUUUCAUGUGGAACACGUUCAUGUAAAUUAUUAAAGCUUUCGUUUUUUUCCCCCAAA